UGCCGCGACGACUCUACCGCACCGACGAACCGAAAUGUCGACGAGCUGAUAUUUAUAUUUAUAACCGCCAAGCCCGCCCGUAACGCUUAUACCCAAAAAUACAAGGAACAAACCCAAGCAUCCAAUUUAAUCAAUUAAUUAACAAUUCGAAAUUAAACAUUUCAAAAAAGGUAAAAACGACCAGUUGAGUAGACGAACGCGAGUUUUGAAAAGUAAAGUAUAAAGUAGUAAGUAAAGGUAAGACUAGGGAGAAUACGCGAGCGGACCGACGGUGUGAGGGAAUGAGGGUGCGUGGUGCUUACCAGUGAUCUCGCAUAAGCAAGAUGCAACAGCCGGGCGCCGAGAACGGUGGAGCGCCGGUGACGUCGGCCCCAGCAACUGGGGCCACCGGCACGGCCACCAACAAGAGCCACGUGAACGGGGGCCGAUUCGACUUCGACGACGGCGGCACCUACUGCGGCGGCUGGGAGGAGGGCAAGGCCCACGGCCACGGCGUCUGCACCGGUCCGAAGGGACAGGGCGCCUACUCCGGCUCGUGGCACUACGGCUUCGAGGUCUCCGGCGUCUACACAUGGCCCAGCGGAAGCUGCUUCGAGGGCCAGUGGCAGAAUGGUAAACGGCACGGUUUGGGUGUGGAGACGCGGGGCCGUUGGAUUUACCGCGGCGAGUGGACCCAGGGCUUUAAGGGCCGUUACGGGGUGCGACAGUCCAACACGUCUACGGCGAAGUACGAGGGCACGUGGGCGAAUGGACUUCAGGACGGUUACGGUUCCGAAACGUAUGCCGAUGACGGCACGUACCAAGGACAAUGGAUGCGCGGCAUGCGCCACGGCUACGGCAUCAGGACGAGCGCCCCGUUCGGCAAGGCGUCGAAAUACAGGGCGAACAAGACGCUGCGCGCCUCCCUCACAUCGCUGCGCAGCCAGGAGAACCAGCCGGGCCAAAACCACCCGGAACCCACCGACAAAAGGGACCGGAAGGUGGACGACUCCAGGGGCGGAUUCGUGCUGAAGAUGAACUCGUCGGAACCGACGGCGAGGAGGAGAUCGUUGGGUUCCGGCGGUGGGAACAUCAAGAAGGGAAUACUCAAGAGUUUGAAACUGAAAAAACAACGGAGUACAGGAGACCUGGAACAACGAGGCGCCGGUUCUGGCAGCAUACGAUCAGCAGGCUCAUCAGUGUCAUGGAUCAGCACAGAAUCAGACAGGUCAGCAAUGACCAACAAUUCACUGCCGUCCGACUCCAAUGCCAGCUUCGUUGUGGAGGAUGAACAACUGGAUCCCAGCGUGAAGGAGACGUACAUGGGUGAGUGGAAGAACGACAAACGUUCCGGUUACGGUAUCAGCGAACGAUCUGACGGCCUUCGAUACGAGGGUGAGUGGUACAACAACAAGAAAUACGGUUACGGUGUGACGACAUUCACCAACGGCGAAAAGGAGGAGGGCAAGUACAAGAACAACGUGCUAAUCACCAGCCAAAAAAAGAAACUGUUCCUGAUGAGAUCGGCGAAGUUCCGUGAGAGAAUCGACGCGGCCGUGAACGCAGCACAAAGAGCAUCGAAGAUAGCCCUCCAGAAGGCCGACAUUGCGAUAACGAGAACGGCGACCGCCCGGGGUAAAGCCGAACAGGCCGACAUAGCCGCUGCACAUGCCAAAGAGGACUCGGACAUUGCAGAGGGUGUGGCCAAGCAAUACGCCCCCGACUUCAAACAACCCGGCCUAGACAGACUGCGGGACAGGCAGAAGAAGUUCCGGGAGCAGCAGAAGCUGAGCAUGGAAUACAUGGAGCAGAAAAACAGCGUGAAUCCCGCCAACAAAAUUCCAAACCAGAUACCCAACCAAAUCCCAAACCAAAUACCCAACCAGAUACCGAACGAGAUCACAAAGACCAACACGCCGAACCAAAUUCCCAACUCGAUACCCCAUCAAACGCAAAACCCCACGAAAAUCAACAACCCCCAACAAAACCAAAACUUAUACAAUCAACAGCAGACCCAAAACAACCCCACGUACAACAACCCAACCUCAAAUCCUCAUCAGUUCUCCAACAAUCCGACACAAACCCAACCACCACAACAACAACACGAAUUCGGGCCGCAGGUGGAUCACCAUAACCAGGACAAGUUGGUGAAUAAUGAGUACAACAGUCCGCACAAGCUGAGGAAUUCUUUGCCUACUGAGGACGUCCCCUCUGCGAGCAUAAGGAGGAUGUCCAGGAGGGUGUCAGGGGACAGACCCCCGCACAUAGGUAGCAUAGGUCAGCAAUCAUCGAUAGAUCACUUCGAUCACUACAAAAGGCCGCCCAGCAGGGACUCCAGCGUGGACAGGUACUCCAGAGCGACGGGCAUGCUCGGAGGCUCCCGCCAGCCCUCCAUAGACCGCACAUCACGCCCAUCCGAGACGCCCGACCGCACGCAACGUCCCCCGUCGGUGGCCCGGGGCACAACGCCCCAACCAGCAGGUCUAAAUCCGGCGGCGGGUGCCACCAAAAACGGUUCGGUGCUGACGGGAAGCGGGGCCGCCUCUCUGAAGAUGAACGCCGGCAAUCCGUCGAUGCAACAGUCGCCGCCGUUCGAGGAGAUCCUGCUGCGGAAGCGGAACCUGGGACAGGACAUCAUUCCGUCGCCGAACCAGCCGAAGCGGACUGAGAGCCUGUUCAUUCCCGGCCAACAGAACCCGCCAGCUGCCAAGGUCCAGCCGAAUUUAGUGAACCAGACAUCCCUGCAACGAAAGAAAUCACUGCCGGAUGUACAGGAGCUUCCCCGCGUGACCGGCGCAAUGCCCAGGGAGGAAGUGUCCGCCCUGGGUUCGGCCCGCAGGGAGGAAAUCAGGAGGCAGAUCAACGAGCAAGAAAGACUUCGUGCCAAUCCACUACUAUACCUAGUCAGUCCACAAGUCAAGGACUGGUUUUCGCGCCAACAGCUGGUCAUUCUAGUACUCUUCUUCAACAUCUCUUUGGCCAUACUAUUCUUCAAGCUGUUGACAUAGUACAAACCAACCGCCCGGUCUGGGCGUUGUCGAGAUCAUGAUAAAAACAACUAGACAAUUUUGCUAAAGUUGUACUGUACGGUACCGUUCAUAGGACAUGUUUUUACAAAAAAAAAUAUAUAUAUUUAAUAAAUCAACAACUCAUGGUCCAUGCUUUGACUCUACUCGGGAGUAAAUAAAUUUAUUAAUAAACAUAUAACAAGUGUCGACUAUAUUGUUCAUGUAUAAUCGCCUGAUCUUGUUGGUAAAAACGCUGUGUUUUUGGGAACAUUUUUGCUGUUGGAGUUUUUUCAGAUUUUAUCCGUGUUGUUUGUUCUGUCUUGUUGCCGUGUCCUCCGUCUUGAAUGGUGCUGUGUCAGAUCCCUCGGGUGAUACUUUUUUAGUACGGUUUAUGUCUACAAAACAAAUAUUAUACGAAUAAAAGUAAAAUAAGUCAUAUAUAUAUUAAUCUAGGGCUUCAAUGUCUCAUGAAUUUGUACAAAGAUUUUGACAAGGAAGAUAGAUCUUACGUAUUUCCCUUUCAAAUUAUAUUCCAGUCCAUUAUUUUCUGGUUGUCACAAUAAUAAAGCAUUUUCAACCUGAUGCUUUAAUUAUCUCUAGCAAAGCCUUUUAAAUAAAUAAUUCCAGUAUUACUUUAGCUCAAACAACUUGUUAAAUUAUAUUCUUUUCUAUGAAUACAUAUCCUCUAUUUAUAUCUUGUUACUACUAGUCCAAAAAAAAAUGUACAUAGCUAAAUUAAUAUUCUAUUGAUAUUAAAUUUCGAAUAAUUUUUGUACAGAGUUAGGUUAGUCAACAUAUAUUUAUAAAAUUAUUGUUAUUAUACAUGUAAAUAUCUAAAUAAUUGUUAAUUUAUACAAAAUAGUUUAUUUAAAUGUGUACAAAAAAGUAUCACUGUAAAACGUCAGCCCGCUUUUACUUUUUACUUCUGGCACCGAACAAGACUUGACAAACAAAACAAAUUAUUUAUUGCAUAUAAAUUAUUAAAUUGUUGUAAGUGUUAGAGAAAAAAAAACUGUAUUUAGUUUUAUGAUUUCUGACUAUAUAGGUUUAUUGAACUAGAUCACAUUCCUGCAAUCCUUUUUUGAGAAUUUCGGUUUCAGGAAGGUGAACUGAACGCUUUUUAAUCAGCGUUCCGUUUCAGGAAUUAACCGGAUUAAUUUACCUAUGGUGCUAACAACCAUACAAUAAGAUCACUGAAGAUUAUUAUAUAAUUAUCACAUAAGUAAGUAAGUAAAUUGUUGUAAAGUUAAAAGAGAAUAUUUAUUAUUAUUAUUAUUAGGUGAAGUGGUGAUUUGUAUGUAUGGUGGAGACUCGUGAAUAAGCGGCAGAAAUUUUAUAAGAAAGCCUGUUAUUUCCUGAAACGGGACCAGCCAGUACCUUUUUUGUACAUCUCUUGCUGGCAGGAGACUUAAAAAUCGGUUGUAGAUACGGAGAAUGAGAAGCUGUAGAAUAAUUUUUAAUUUAAGACGUCACUGGAGAGGAAUGUUCGGGUGACUUGCUGGCAAAUUACGAACUAGAUAAAAUUUUAGUACUGAAAAAAUGGACAAUAUUUUACUAUGACAUUUACAAAUCAUUAAAUCAGCAUUCACAAUUUACAAUUUUAUAAAACUGAUCUAAUGUUAAAGCAGAAAUUAGUGUAAACUUUUUAACUGGCGGAAGCCACUCCCACUUUCCACAAAUCUCCGGUGUGACCUCAAAAAAGUUUAAAUGUUUAGCUCUUUAAAUAUAAAUUUGUAAAAGUUUUUCUAAACUAUUUUGCGUGCCUUGUUCAACUCAUACGUGAUUUGUAACUAGUGUUUGUAUUUUAUACAAACAUUUGUAUGAAGCAAAAUUUCUAGAUUUUUAUGGAAUCGAAUGUGUAAAAACAUUGUAUCUAUCACUUUAUAUUUUCAAUUUAAUAAACAAAAAGGGCUGACUACAUUCUUCCCUUAGUCAUAUUGACUUUUAA